AUGCGCUCUCAAUCAACGGUGUUGAGUGAGGACCUGAAGGGCAUGUUGGAACAGCUCCGCGAGGCAGUUCGUAGAGAGAAGUGUGGCGCCUCUGCUUUUGUUUCCGAUGAUGGUAACCGCACUGGGAACUCUAAGUGUGGCGAAAAUUUUCCAGACGACGGAUGCCCUCGCGUAGCUUUUCUGAAGUGCGAGUCGGCCCCAUUGCAGAGUACCAGCGUUGCAUUGGCGGUUGCUCCGAGCACUGAUGUGCGGUUGGCGCGCAAAGGCGAUGACAACAGCAGUAGCAGUAGUUAUGAAAACCCGCCAUCAUCAGGAAGGGACCGCUCGCGACUCACUUUGUUCUCUCAAAGUAAUUUCUGCAGUGCUGCCGUCGCGACGCCGGCAAAGUUCACCAACGUCGUCGAUUCGACACCGUGUUCAGUGAAGCCCGCUGGUGAUGGGAAGGCCGGCGUGGGGGACAACCCCAGUGUCAGCAGCAGCGCCAGCGACAAUGAUAACAGCGGUAGCAUCUUGAAGCAUAUCGAGGUACUUCGUUCCGGUUUCGCAGACUUAUGCGGGGCUGUUCGGGAGGACUUGCAUGCUCUUCACGCACGGGUGGAUGACCUUCAGCGACAGCAGAAACGACAGCAAUCAAUGUUGGAUGAUCUCGCGCGGCAACAACCCACGUGGGCGCGUGACGGUGGCAGCUCAGGUGAAGCAAGUUCACCCGUAGUGUAUAAUGAGGUUGUAGCCGAGCUCCAGCAAUAUAUCGUUGACACGGUACAUAGAGUAGUGCGGCAGCAGCCACGCACCACGUGGGUCGGUGGUGCUAAAUGCGGCGAAGCUUCGGGGAAACGUCACCGGUCUACCCUUUGCAGUCCGCUAGCCAACGCUUCUCCCGUCGAUGAAAAGUGCGGUGACAACACCGUAGCCUCAGUCGGCACUGCCACUCUGGGUGGUUGCACGCCCGACAGGCAUGAAGUCGCGCUGAAGCAACAUGUCCACUCUGUCGUUCGAGCUGUUUUAAACGAAUUCGGCUUUCCUGUGUGCGUGUCGGAGCUCGUUGAGCGGCAGAAGUCGCAGCAGCGGGAGAUGAGGGCAAUGAAGCGUGAAUAUCACCAGCGCUGUACGGCGGUAGAGGAGAAGCUGCGCCUCACGCUUGCAGCUGCCGAGUCUACCCACCUCAAGUCGCAUGAGUUUCGCACUAGUGUUUUUGUGGAAGAGUUUGAGACGCCAGCCGGGACGGAGGCAGCAGCAAGCGCCCCACAACCUCAGGAUAACCAACCACAACAACAUCAAAGCAGUUCUUCCUUUCCGUUGCACCCUCCGCCUGCACAGACAAGCUCCGCAGAGGCCGCCGGUGAUACAGGGACCGCUUCACAGAAGCAUCUGUUGGAUGUUCUUAUGCGACGCAUUCAACGUGUUACCGACGCUUACGAGGAGAGAUGCCUUCAGCGCGUCAACUUAGAGGCUGUGCAACCGCUUGCAGAACACGUGCGGCGGCUCAUGUCGGCCCACCAGUCGAUGAUUGACACCAUUGUGGAGAGCCGCUGCGACCAGCUUGAUGGGCGCAUUAGCAGUGCCAUACAACAACAGCAGAUGCAGCUGAAGGAGCUACGGUCAAAGCUCAGUGGACUGCGUGUUGAUGUUCACUCUGCUCUGAAAGAUUUGAGCGAAAAGCUUAAUGUGGCAUGUCCGGGGUUGUGA